AUGGAGCAUGCGUAUCGCAACUUCACCGAUGAGAAGACCGGCGAGAUGUUCAUAUUCCCCGUCGUCGCGGAAACGUUCGAUGACUACUUCAAUGACCAAAGCAAGUUUGCAGUGACGCCGGAGCACAUUAUUCGAGGCGUUAACAAGGCGACGGCAGAACGAGUGCCAGAGGGCAACACCGGAGGUGGAACGGCAAUGUUAUGCCAUCGGUAUAGGGGCGGCACGGGAUCAAGCAGCAGAACGAUCAAUGGAUACGAUAUAGGUGGUAAUCCGGCAACGUAUACCGUGGGAGUUGAUGGAUCCAAGGAACCUCGCAAAGACGGCAGCAUCAUCAUUAUAGCAACAGAUGCGCCUCUGGUCCCUAUCCAGCUACAGAGGCUUGCAACACGCGCGACAGUCGGGCUAGGCAAGGUUGGCGCCUACGGGAGGGACAUUUUCCUCGCCUGUUCAACCGCAAACAAGAUUGCGUUCCAGGAGUUCUCAAUGCAGGGACAGAGCGGGCCAGCCGUAGACCAGUAUAAACCGUUUCCGAGAGCUAUUCAGAUGAGCGAUAAUGAUUCAAUCAACUGUCUGUUCGGGGCAGCUGCGGAUGCCAUCGAGGAGGCAAUCUACAACAGAGUUUGUAUGGCUGGGACAAUGGCGGGAGUCAAGGGUAGAGCCGCCGAGGCAAUAGAUUUGGACAAAAUGAAGGAAAUCGUCGGCGCACGACUGGUUUGA